AUGGACAGGUCGCUCGCGACAUUACUGAGGUCACUUCAGACCUCAGGUCAUCCAGAUGAUGCCGCUCGGUUACUACCAGUGGCUACUGGCCUUCUGUCACGCCUCUCGAACCCUCUCAAUAUCACCCUGUUAACGUCACAGCUCCUGUCGAAUGACGUUCUCUACCCGACCCCGACAGAUGUCGCCCGGUGUCGACAGGUAUUCAGCGUCUUCUACACUGCGGUGCUGCGCUUGAUCGAAGAUAAACAUAGCUUUGCUCAGGAACAUACGCGAAGCAAUCUCACGGUUACGGAGUGGACGACGGCUGUUGUACACGGGGCAAAUGACAAGUCCCCCCGAUGGAGGCAUACAUUAUUGCUGGGGGCGCUCCUCCUGGCAUUCCGAUCCAAGGACUUUGAAGGACUCGCCUCAGGCUUGAAGAACAAACUCGAAGUUGCGCUGGUGCUCGCCUCAAACCUGGCCCUGGAACAAAAAGAUGCCGAGCCUAAUUGUGAGCUGGCUGUCGUUUUCGUCUUGAACCAUACUUUCCCUCUCCUUGCGGAAGUCCAUCAACAACAGAUUAAUUACGAUCUACUACUGCCGAUAUUGAUUGAUGCGACCUUCUUCUCUCGGGAGGGCCUAGAGCAUGGAUAUUGGCUGGGAGUGAUCGACUACGACGUCCGACCGUCUUCCGGGCCCGAGCAGAAAUUCAACUGGACGGCCAAUUCCACGUCUUUCCGCAAAGUCACAGAGAUCAAAUCGAGAAAUCUGGUAUCCGCACUUGGCCCUCUGUCGCGCUUGGUCGCUCACAGCAUCGAGAACGUCCAGGACCCAUCCCUGAUCGUCUUCGCCAUCAACAGGCUGGCCGAGUUUUCACGGACUCUUGCCACUUCGUGGAGGCAGAACAAAUUAUCCGAAGUGGACAUUAAGGAAGAAGCUCAAUGCUUGGACCAGGAAACUGUUACCAAAACCUUCCCCAUUCUCUUACAGGUUCUGAGAGACACAAUGUUCUCGAUGGUCAUCAGUCUUCGAUCCGUGCUAGGAAGACUGCUCUGUGACAGAGUUCUAGCGUCGGACUCGAAUUGCCCAAGCAUAGCCAUGCAAUCUUUGCACAUUUUGCGGGACACAUACUUCAUAGCACAUCGGUUCGGACUCACGUCGUCCUCACAGUACGUCUUUGUCAACUUCACAUCCAUCGAUAUUCUGAGUCAAUACCCGCUGCAAUCGGAGAAUUUCCUGGACUCAAUCCGACCGGCUGAUCUGGGUCGAAUUCCUCCGCAUCCGCUCGACAGGCUCCAGGAUCUCUUCUUCCUGAACACCGCCGAACAUUUCACCUUGAUACUAUCACCACAGACCAAUAAAGACCUCCUCUUUAGUGCCGCAACGCCGUAUGUCGAUCCACAAGGAGACCCGCGGCUAGCAGAGAUCUUUGAAGCUGCACACAGUGUUGUGCUGGCCAUCCUUGCUGCACCUCAAAACGCAGAGCUUGCAGGGACAAUCGUUCCAUUUUACGUCGAGACACUGCUCCAAAGUUUUCCAAAGCCGCUUUCGCCUCGUCAAUUCCGGUUAGCUAUCAAAUCUGUCGUCCGUCUUGCAGCGCCACCAUCUGCUCUUGCCAUAUCUAUGCCGCAUACGCAAGCCGUCGUUGUAGAUCUACUAAGAGAGCGUAUGGAUCAUGCGUCAGAAGAUCCACUUGCUCCCAAUCCAGAUCUUCCGAUUGAGAACAGUCGCCCUUUGUCAGAAAAGGCUGUUUUGCUUCUUGCCAUUAUUGAUUGCUUGAGUUUCUUACCGGUAACGUUAUUGGACGAAUGCCUGCCUCUGACUGCGGAGCUCCUCCACAAGGUUGGAAAUCCGAUGCAAAGGAAACAGUGCCAACAGCGACUGUGGGAGACGUUGAGCAAUGGAGAGAUGGACGUUGAGCGCGCUGCAACAUGCGUCGCUUGGUGGACUUCCAGAGGAGGGCGGGAGCACGUCAUACACGGGGAACAGCAGGAGGACCAGGAUUUCACUAUGAGCGGCGCCUUGCAGUUCAACAAUAAACUGUGA